AUAUAUAAUAACAGUAAAUUGUCUGUGACUCAUGGCCAACUUGAGACCCGUCGUUAUAAGUGGUCCUUCAGGGUGUGGGAAAAGUACGUUGUUGAACAUAUUGUUUAAAAAUUACAAAGAUGCUUUCGGCUUCAGUGUAUCUCAUACUUCAAGAUCUCCCAGAGAAGGAGAAAUUGACGGCCAACAUUAUAACUUUUCAACGCGAGAACAAAUGAGGAAAGAAAUACAAGAAGGGAAAUUCAUCGAACAUGCGGAAUUUUCAGAAAAUUUAUAUGGAACAAGCAAGAAAGCUGUCGAAGAUGUUUUAGAAAACAAAAUUUGUAUUCUUGACAUUGAAGAGCAAGGUGUGCGAAGUAUUAAAGCAUCUCAUCUGGACGCGCUUUUCGUUUUCGUAAAACCACCCUCUAUAGAUGAACUACGGAACCGACUGGUGAAGCGUGGUACAGAAACCGAAGAGGCUAUUGAAAAACGAAUGGCUACCGCAAAAUCUGCUAUCGAGUUUAGUCAAACGCCAGGAGUGUACGAUCUGAUCGUCGUGAACGACAAUUUACAACACGCUUACCAAGAACUCGAAACUUUUUUGACGGAAAAAAUUGAACCAUUGAAAGAAAUGCGUACGCCGUUAGAAGCCGAUCAAGCACAGACUGGCCAAUGCAUGCUGUUAUGACUUUUAUACCAUACAUAUUUUACACUUGGUUUGGAUUGUUUAUGUGUUACGUGCAAUUGAUCGACUAUGUAAGUUUGUGCCGUAUAGGAUUUCAUUUUUAUAUAAAUACUCUGUUUCAAGCGGCAUAUAUAAAUUAUGCAUAAUCACAUCGUAUUGCUUCUGAGGACCAUACUCACAUAUCAUAUUUUAUUCACCAAUUUCUUACCCAUUGGCAGUAUUUUUCUAUGUUUACUUAUGCAUUUUGACUAUCUUAAUGAGUUUGCUUUAUUGAUAUAACGUAUGCUUCCAUUGUGCUAUGGUGGUUCAACUAUUUACAAAAGCAAAUGAAUGAAAUCUGUCCUUUGUACAUGGA